ACAACGGCGGGGCUUGAGGCCGCUUCCCCUCCCGCCCCAUGGAGCGGCCCCCGGGGCUGCGGCCGGGCGCGGGCGGGCCCUGGGAGAUGCGGGAGCGGCUAGGCACUGGCGGCUUCGGGAACGUCUGUCUGUACCAGCAUCGGUUGAACCAUGCGAAUGUUGUAAAGGCCUGUGAUGUUCCUGAGGAAUUGAAUUUUUUGAUUAAUGAUGUGCCUCUUCUAGCAAUGGAAUACUGUUCUGGAGGAGAUCUCAGGAAGCUACUCAACAAACCAGAAAAUUGUUGUGGACUUAAAGAAAGCCAGAUACUUUCUUUACUAAGUGACAUAGGGUCUGGGAUUCGAUACUUGCAUGCAAACAAAAUUAUACAUCGAGAUCUAAAACCUGAAAAUAUAGUUCUUCAGGAUGUUGGUGGAAAGAUAACGCAUAAAAUAAUUGAUCUAGGUUAUGCCAAAGAUGUUGAUCAAGGAAGCCUGUGUACAUCUUUUGUGGGGACACUGCAGUAUCUGGCCCCAGAGCUCUUUGAGAAUAAGCCUUACACAGCCACUGUUGAUUAUUGGAGCUUUGGGACCAUGGUGUUUGAAUGUAUUGCGGGAUACAGGCCUUUUUUGCAUCAUCUGCAGCCAUUUACCUGCCAUGAGAAGAUUAAGAAGAAGGAUCCAAAGUGUAUAUUUGCAUGUGAAGAGAUGACAGGAGAAGUUCGGUUUAGUACCCAUUUACCUCAGCCAAAUAGCCUUUGUAGUUUAAUGGUAGAACCCAUGGAAAACUGGCUACAAUUGAUGUUGAAUUGGGACCCUCAGCAGAGAGGAGGACCUGUUGAUCUUACUUUGAAGCAGCCAAGAUGUUUUGUAUUAAUGGAUCACAUUCUGAAUUUGAAGAUAGUACAUAUCCUAAAUAUGACUUCUGCAAAGAUAAUUUCUUUUUUGUUACCACCUGAUGAAAGUCUUCAUUCACUGCAGUCUCGUAUUGAGCGUGAAACUGGGAUAAGUACUGUUUCUCAAGAGCUGCUUUCAGAAACAGGCAUUUCUCUGGAUCCUCGGAAACCAGCUUCCCAGUGUCUAGUGGAGUUAGAGGGCUGUGAUAGCUAUAUGGUUUAUUUGUUUGAUAAAAGUAAGACUGUAUAUGAAGGGCCAUUUGCUUCCAGAAGUUUAUCUGAUUGUGUAAAUUAUAUUGUACAGGACAGCAAAAUACAGCUUCCAAUUAUACAGCUGCGUAAAGUAUGGGCUGAAGCAGUGCACUAUGUGUCUGGGCUAAAAGAAGACUACAGCAGGCUCUUUCAGGGACAAAGAGCAGCAAUGUUAAGUCUUCUUAGAUAUAAUGCUAACUUGACAAAAAUGAAGAACACUUUGAUCUCAGCAUCACAGCAACUGAAAGCUAAAUUGCAGUUUUUUCACAAAAGCAUUCAGCUUGACUUGGAGAGAUAUAGUGAGCAGAUGACUUACGGGAUAUCUUCAGAAAAAAUGCUAAAAGCAUGGAAAGAAAUGGAAGAAAAGGCCAUCCACUAUGCUGAGGUUGGUGUCAUUGGAUACCUGGAGGAUCAGAUUAUGUCCUUGCACACUGAAAUCAUGGAGCUACAGAAGAGCCCCUAUGGAAGACGUCAGGGAGAUUUGAUGGAAUCUCUGGAACAGCGUGCCAUUGAUCUAUAUAAACAGUUAAAGCACAGACCUUCAGAUCACUCCUACAGUGACAGCACAGAGAUGGUGAAGAUCAUUGUGCAUACUGUACAGAGUCAGGAUCGUGUUCUCAAGGAGCUGUUUGGUCAUCUGAGCAAGUUGUUGGGCUGUAAGCAGAAGAUUAUUGAUCUACUCCCCAAGGUGGAAGUGGCCCUCAGUAACAUCAAAGAAGCUGACAAUACUGUCAUGUUUAUGCAGGGAAAGAGGCAGAAAGAAAUAUGGCAUCUCCUUAAAAUUGCUUGUACACAGAGUUCUGCCCGGUCCCUUGUAGGAUCCAGUUUAGAAGGUGCAGUAAACCCCCAAGCAUCAGCAUGGCUGCCCUCGACUUCAGCAGAACGUGAACAUUCUCUGUCAUGCAUGGUAACUCCUCAAGAUGGGGAGACUUUAGCACAAAUGAUAGAAGAAAAUUUGAACUGUCUUGGCCAUUUAAGCACUAUUAUUCGUGAAGCAAAUGAGGACUGCAGCAGUAGUAUGAUGAGUCUUGAUUGGAGUUGGUUAACAGAAUGACUUGCCACUUGUUCAGUGUCCCCAAAUUGAUGGAAGUUGUUGUUGCACAUGUUGGAAUUUGUUUUUUCCCCCUGAAACCAUUCUUCAGACACCAGUGAGUGGAAGAACUGGCUGUGAUCAGAAACUGCAUUUCUACUAUGAUCAUAAAAAUGAUUUUACAAGCGCAGUAUUUUUAUUCUGAGUAAUUUUAGCCUGCUGAACAGAUAGGAUUUUAUAAAAGUCAAUGAACUUGUAUAAAUAAUUGUUUUAAUACCACAGCUAC